CUCAAUUUCAAAGUCCCAACUCUUUCAAAUUCUUUGCUUAUUUAUGCUCACAUUAUUUCUCUCACCACAAACACAAACAUCCCCAUUUCAUUUCCCUCAAUUCUCUCUCUCUUUCACUCUCACUUUCUGCUCAUUUAUUGCCUGCAUUAGCUGUGUUACCCUGUUCUUUUCUGCCUUCAUUGCCGUUUCUAAUUUGUCAGUUUUUACAUUUUCUGCAGUCAAUUGUUAUUUUUCUGCUUCAAUUUUAGUACCCAGUUGCCAAAUUAUCUUCAAAAUCAUUUCUUUAUACAGUUUCCGUACAUGGGUUCUCGCUAAUUUAUCGUUUUGUGAUUGUUUUUGAUGAUGCCCAUUUGCCCUUAAUUUUGUUCUAGAACAUUCUUUCUGCAGUUUAUAAUCAUGGGUUUUCGCUAAAUUUGAUUUCUUAGUUGUCUUUCAUCUGUUUAGGUGAUGCCCAUUUGCCUGAACUUGUUCUAGAGUACUCUUUCUGCAGUUUAUAAUCAUGGGUUUUCGCUAAACUUUUACUUUAGAGUUGAUUCUGAGUGAUGCCCAUUUGCCUUAUUCAGCUUUAGAAUCAGCCUUUUUGCUGUUUUUCAGUCAUGGGGUUUCGCUAAUUUCUCUUUUAUGAGUUGUCAUUUCGUUUGUGGGAUGCUCAUUUGUUCAAAGCUGUCAUAAUCCAUUCUUAAUUGAGUUUGAGAUGAUGGGGUUUCGUUAAAUUUGUUGCCUAUAAACUCGUGUUCUUGAACUUGAGGCAGUGUUAUUGAGUGUAUUAAGCUUGAUUAUGUAAUUGAUUGUUUGUGUUUUGAGUGGUUUUUUGGUGGGUGGUUGUUGAUGAGGGCUUUCUGUGGAUGAUUUUUCAGUAUCAGUUUUAGAAUGAAUCUGAAAUCUGUUGCAGUUAGCCGCUAGUUGGUAUAUUAGUUGAUGGAAUUUGCUGGUCUAUUCCGCUAAAUUUCUCUCUUGUAUAUCUAUGGAUUCGACUCGUUAGUCAUCUUUGUUUACAUAGUUAUGGAGCUCAAGUAAGUAAUAGAUACUUGUUUGCUCUUAAAUCAAUUUGAUCAAGUACUAUUCUUUCAUUCAUUUUUAGCUGUAUAUCAACUAAUCAAAUCUAUUUUGAGCAUAGGUUUAGGUUCAUUAAGAUGUAAAGUUCACCAUUAUACCACAUCCAAUGAGCAAGAUGAAUCAAAUAUUUUGCUUCUUGAUUAAUGAUCACCUACCAUUAGCUUUCUAUCCAUAAUAAUCUUUGGCCUAUCUCUUCUUAUGGAAACUUGAUUAUUCUUUUGCCUCUCGAGUCACUUCCAUAUUUUUGAGUGAGUUUAGUCCUUUUUUAAGUGUCCUUGUUCUAGUUGGGAUAUUAUAGUAUACCCUUAGAAGGAGGGGGGGCUUGUAGACGUGAUUGAUCAAUCAUGGAAGAAACUUUUGUUCCCUUUCGCGGAAUUAAAAAUGAUCUUAAAGCAAGACUUCUUUGCUACAAGCAAGAUUGGACUGGGGGACUUCGUGCUGGAAUUAGGAUUUUAGCUCCAACAACUUAUGUUUUCUUUGCUUCCUCAAUUCCAGUCAUAUCUUUUGGGGAACAGCUGGAAAGAACUACUGAUGGAUCUUUGACAGCAGUUCAUACUCUAGCAUCAACAGCAAUAUGUGGCAUCAUCCAUUCAAUCAUUGGAGGACAACCGUUGCUUAUUCUAGGCGUUGCUGAACCAACAGUUAUUAUGUAUACAUUUAUGUACAACUUUGCCAAGGAGAGGACAGAAUUGGGACACAAGCUUUACUUGGCUUGGACCGCCUGGGUUUGUGUAUGGACAGCCUUUCUGCUUUUCUUGUUGGCUGUGUUGGGAGCAUGCUCUAUCAUCAAUAGAUUUACACGCAUAGCCGGUGAGCUGUUCGGCCUGCUUAUAGCAAUGCUCUUCAUGCAGCAGGCAAUUCGUGGAGCGGUGGAAGAGUUCCGUAUACCUGAUAGGGAAAAUCCUAAUCAGACUGCAUUUCUUCCUUCUUGGCGCUUUGGCAAUGGAAUGUUUGCGUUGGUUCUGUCAUUUGGCCUUCUAUUAACUGCACUAAAAAGUCGUAAAGCUAGAUCAUGGCGCUAUGGUGCAGGUUGGUUACGAGGGUUAAUCGCUGAUUAUGGUGUACCACUUAUGGUGCUGGUAUGGACUGCUAUAUCGUACAUACCAACUCAUAAUGUUCCGGAUGGGAUUCCUAGGCGUCUUUUCAGUCCAAAUCCAUGGUCUCCUGGUGCUUAUUCAAAUUGGACUGUCAUCAAGGAAAUGCUGGAAGUGCCUGCAUUGUACAUUGUUGGAGCAUUUAUCCCAGCCACCAUGAUUGCUGUCCUCUAUUAUUUCGAUCAUAGUGUUGCUUCUCAACUGGCUCAACAAAAGGAGUUUAACCUGAAGAAACCUUCCUCCUAUCAUUAUGAUCUCCUUCUCCUUGGUUUUCUGGUCAUAUUCUGUGGUCUUAUUGGUAUUCCCCCCUCAAAUGGAGUUAUUCCUCAAUCUCCCAUGCAUACAAGAAGCUUGGCUACUCUCAAACACCGGCUUUUAAGGAACAAGCUUGUAGCAGCAGCAAGAGAUAGCAUACAGAAGAAUUCAAACUUGGGUCAGUUAUACAGAAACAUGCAAGACGCUUACCAGGAUAUGCAGACACCUCUUGUCUAUCAGAUACCAUCUUCUCUGGGGCUUAAGGAGUUGAAAGAAUCAACAGUACAGAAGUUCUCAGAGGGUGGCAGCAUUGACACACCAGUUGAUGAAACUGUUUUUGAUGUAGACAAGGACGUAGAUGACCUUUUACCCAUUGAAGUAAAAGAGCAACGCCUCAGCAAUUUGCUUCAAGCUGUAAUGGUUGGUGGCUGUGUAGCAGCUAUGCCUGUCAUAAAGAGAAUCCCCACAGCAGUUCUUUGGGGAUACUUUGCUUUCAUGGCCAUUGAAAGCUUACCUGGAAAUCAGUGUUGGGAUAGAAUAUUGUUACUCUUCACUGCUCCUGGUCGACGAUAUAAAUUGCUUGAUGAGCAGCAUGCAACCUUCAUCGAGACAGUUCCCUUCAAAACAAUUGCACUCUUUACAAUUUUUCAGACUGUAUACUUGUUGCUGUGUUUUGGCAUAACAUGGAUCCCAAUAGCAGGAGUUCUUUUUCCCUUGUUGAUUAUGCUACUUGUCCCAGUAAGACAGUAUGUAUUGCCUAGAUUUUUCAAGGGAGCCCAUCUUCAGGAUUUGGAUGCAGCUGAAUACGAAGAGGCACCUGCCAUUUCCUACAAAAUGUCAUUUGAAGAUCAAGAUCCCCAGGCUUCUGUGACUAAAAUGGAAUCAGGAGAAUUCCUUGACGAUAUUAUGACAAGGAGCAGAGGUGAAAUCCGCCACAUUCAAAGUCCAAAGUUAAGCAGUUCUACCCCAGUUUCUCAAGAGAACUUAAGGCAUGCUUCUAGCCCAGGGUUGUCUCAUAGAGUAUACAGUCCUCGAAUCACUGAACCAAGGAAGGGGAAAAGUCCUGGAAUGAGCCCAGAAGGGGUUGAGAUAAUGGAAAUUCCCAGUUCUCGACCUUCAACACUUGGAAGGAAUGGUCAUGCUUCAUCUUCAAGCUAAGAAGUCUAUUUCCCUUGAUAAUAUAGCUGUUUGUGAAAGUGCUCGAGAGGCCUAUUAAAUAUAGAUAUACAUUUAUGUUUUGUGCUUGUAGUUCUGAUUCUAACCAAUCAUUUUGUGUAGAUUGUCUAUUGUAAUGUUGUGUCAAAAGGAUGAUGGAUAGUCAAUAUUAUGAUAAUGAAGAAGCAAUUAUCAAAAUUACCUCUACUAAGAAUUCUGAAUUCCUACGUUUUUUUGUUUGGCUAAGAUUGAAUUGAAGAAUGAGAGUGGUAGUUGCAUUACAAAAAUUCCGACCAUUGUUUUAGCAUAACAUAUCACAGAAUGACAGAUCAGAAUUGCUGCCUAUCAUUUUUUAAUGCGCAAAUAUGCAUUGUGUAUUACUAGAAGCACUUCUUAAAAAGAUUUCCUGUGAUGUAAUCAUGUAAAGAAAAACAUGAUCUCUUGUCUGGAAACUCUGUAAGCAGCAUUGAUAAUGAUAGAAGAUAUGAUAGAAGAUGCUGUAAUAAAAUAUUAGCUUCUACUAUAUCUUCUAUCAGAUAUGUUAAAUUUAUCUAAAGAUUUGAUUGAAUAUCUAAAUUGUUACUCUCAUAUCCAUGAUUUAAAAAAUGCAGCAGUCUAAGAAUAUGAUCAUAUGACCUGAUUCCUUGUGUUAGGUAAAAUGCCCUGAUGAGCUCAGUACUUGCAUUUCAGGUAAUUAAUCAUUGGUACUUUCUGUUGCUGAUUGCUGUUACUGAAAUUAUCUGAACUCUUAUGAAUUCCAUAAUCGGUGAUCAGACAAAUGAGAAAUUCCAGGUGGAGUCGUGGAGACAACAUUUGGAGCCCGAAACUCAGAACAUCAUCAUGGAAUUUGCAAGUUGUUAUGCUAGUUAUGAGUGCUCGGGAAGGCGAAACAUCUUCAAGUUGCUGAAUGAUUUAUCCAAUAAUGGCUAUGAGCUACACCAUGGGAAACUUUUCAACCAGAUCUUGCCAGUUGCAGCAGUUGUGCACUGCUUUGCCGCGACAGCAUUCUCCAGCAGGGAAAGUUAUUACAAUCUACUCCCAUCAGCCCCUUCCUCGGAAAGAUUAUCAUCACUCAUCUUGGGUGUUCGGUAGGUAGUUAGGUACUGAAGUGCAGUAAUCCUGUUAUGAUGCAGGAUUAAUAUUAAGAUUUUUAGAUUAAGAUUGUGGUCCGUACAAAAAGGUCCAUUACCUAAUAUAAGAGGGGUCACAUAAUUAAAGAGGGGUCACAUUAAUCUUAAAGAUUUUGACAUGUACAAAAAAGAUAAAUUAUGGGGUCAUCGUACAAUUGAAACACAUAAUAGUGGAAUAUGAUUGUAUCAUCGUAUGUCAUUGCUUCCACCAUAAUUUGCUUUUUAUUCAAUAGUUUUCUGAUGUGGUGACAAAGAUUGGUAACCACUAAGGAAGCCGCAUAUUACAUUA